AUGAAGAGGGUGGUCGAUGGUGAAACCCUCCAUCAACCAUUUUGUUGAGUCAGCAAAGAAACAUACUGCCACCUUAGUACCCUAGUAACCUAGUACCAUACAGAGACUACCUUAAUACCCUAGUGCCUUAGUACCCUAGUACCAUACAGAGACUACCUUAGUACCCUAGUGCCUUAGUACCUUAGUACCCUAGUACCUUAGUACCCUCAUACUUUAGUACCCUAGUACCAUACAGAGACUACCUUAAUACCCUAGCACCCUAAUACCAUGCAGAGACUACCUUAAUACCCUAGUACCCUAGUACCAUGCAGAGACUACCUUAAUACCCUAGUGCCUUAGUACCCUAGUACCAUACAGAGACUACCUUAGUACCCUAGUGCCUUAGUACCAUAGUACCAUACAGAGACCACCUUAGUACCCUAGUACCAUACAGAGACUACCUUAGUACCCUAGUGCCUUAGUACCUUAGUACCCUAGUACCUUAGUACCCUCAUACUUUAGUACCCUAGUACCAUACAGAGACUACCUUAAUACCCUAGCACCCUAAUACCAUGCAGAGACUACCUUAAUACCCUAGUACCCUAGUACCAUGCAGAGACUACCUUAGUACCCUAGUACCUUAGUAGCCUGGUACCCUAGUACCUUAGUGCACUAAUACCCUAGUACCUUAGUACCCUAGUACCCUAGUACCUUAGUACCCUAGUAAUCUAGUACCCUAGUACCCUACACAGUUCACUGCCUCUCUCCAACACAUGUACAGUACAUGGACACACUCUUUUUUGCAAUACAUAUUCUAUCCUGCAAAUAGCCACAUACAUGUACACAGUACACACACACACACACACACACACACACACACACACACACACACACACACACACACACACACACAAACACACACUCACCCUCUUUUAUGCAAACACACACACUCUCCCACACACAAAUAGCCACACAAUCACACACAGUACACACAGUCACAGCUGUGUCCAUGAGCCUGUGAGGUGAGGGAAUAGCAGACCUAGUUUUAGCGAGUUCAUGUGUUUAAUCAAGUCAGUUCUCAUUCUGCUGAGCAUAGCCCCGAUCUCAGCCAAACAGGAAACACACACUGGGGAUCACUCUAAACCGGAGCUUCACUAUAAAUGUACUAUAAAGCCACAAACCACGAGCAACAUUAACCAUAGUUUUAUACUCCAGACUGCAGGGCUGCCAACUUUUGAAGAAAACUUGGAGUGAGAUUUGCUAUGAUAAUUUCAUUGCUCCCUGGGACAACCCCUAGAUGGGGGGGGGGGGGUCAUAAAAUGUUACUGUUUUAAAGCUAAUUUCCUGCAAUUCUAUGUAUUUUGACAUGGCUUUAGUUAGGCCUAUGACCAGGGUAGACAUUUUUUUUAAAUGUACACCACAGGUCAAGUGUAUUCAGGAUGCUUUGAACAUUAAAUGAACACUCAAAAUUUGAUGACUUUGUUACUUUGAGAUUUUUUAUGUGGUUUGACACUUUAUUCAGACAGUAAUGAAAUGAGAUGGGGAGACACAAAUGGGAGAAACAGUGGGAAGGUUGGAAGCAGGGAUUUAUUCCUGUUUUCAGGUGGAAAGUUGUAUGUGACAUAUGCCGGGAAUGGUUACCACUACACCAAGGCUCUGCACAGGAAAUACUAAUAUUAAUGAUUGAUGGCAUGGGUAACCAAAUCAUAGAUUGCAGUCUCCUUGUCCAUAAAUUGUUUUCAAGGUAAGGACACAAAUAUUUUGUAAGUUGGGUGAACUUUUUAAAAUAGGGCUGGAAGAAAAUCGUGCUUGCUCUCCAGGAGGUUUGGCCACCUCUGAUCUAUGUUUCCCAAGUGCUGAGUAUUUGAAAAUGUUCUUGUUAUAACAAUACAUUUUUCAAAAUCACCUAACGUUCAAGAAAAAUCUAACGAAUAUCAAUAUUCAGGUGGUUUAUGAUUACUAGUUGAAGAUCCUUGCCUUCAUCUUACUCUACACAGUCCCCCUACCAUCUCUUCAUCUUACUCUACAGUCCAUCUACAACAUCUUUCAUCUUACUCUAAAACAGUCCCUACCAUCUCUCAUUUACUCUAAAGUCCCUCUACCUCUUCAUCUUACUCUACACAGUCCCCCUACCAUCUUAUCUUACUCUACACAGUCCCUCGUACCAUCUCUUCAUCUUACUCUACACAGUCCCCUACCAUUCUUCAUCUUACUCUACACAGUCCCUCUACCAUCUCUUCAUCUUACUCUACACAGUCCCUCUACCAUCUCUUCAUCUUACUCUACACAGUCCCCCUACCAUCUCUUCAUCUUACUCUACACAGUCCCCCUACCAUCUCUUCAUCUUACUCUACACAGUCCCCCUACACAUUCUUCAUCUUACUCUACACAGUCCCUCUACCAUCUCUUCAUCUUACUCUACAAGUCCCCUACCAUUUACUCUACCGUCCCUACAUCCUUCAUCUUACUCUACACAGUCCCCCUACCAUCUCUUCAUCUUACUCUACACAGUCCCUACUUCUCAUCUUACUCUCAAUCUUAACUCUACACAGUCCCUCCGUUACACCAUCUCUUCAUCUUACUCUACACAGUCCUACCUCCUUCAGUCUACACCACCUAUCUCUUCAUCUUACUCUACACAGUCCCCUCCAGUCUACACCAUCUCUUCAUCUUACUCUACACAGUCCCCUCCAGUCUACACCAUCAUCUUCAUCUUACUCUACACAGUCCCCUCCAGUCUACACCAUCUCUUCAUCUUACUCUACACAGUCCCCUCCAGUCUACACCAUCUCUUCAUCUUACUCUACACAGUCCCCUCCAGUCUACACCAUCUCUUCAUCUUACUCUACACAGUCCCCUCCAGUCUACACCAUCUCUUCAUCUUACUCUACACAGUCCCCUCCAGUCUACACCAUCUCUUCAUCUUACUCUACACAGUCCCCUCCAGUCUACACCUAUCUUCAUCUAUACUCUACACAGUCCCCUCCAGUCUACACCAUCUCUUCAUCUUACUCUACACAGUCCCCUCCAGUCUACACCAUCUCUUCAUCUUACUCUACACAGUCCCCUCCAGUCUACACCAUCUCUUCAUCUUACUCUACACAGUCCCCUCCAGUCUACACCAUCUCUUCAUCUUACUCUACACAGUCCCCUCCAGUCUACACCAUCUCUUCAUCUUACUCUACACAGUCCCCUCCAGUCUACACCAUCUCUUCAUCUUACUCUACACAGUCCCCCCAGUCACUACACCAUCUCUUCAUCUUACUCUACACAGUCCCCCAGUCUACACCAUUCUUCAUCUUACUCUACAGUCCCCCAGUCUACACCAUCUCUUCAUCUUACUCUACACAGUCCCUCCAGUCUACACCAUCUCUUCAUCUUACUCUACAACAGUCCCCUCCAGUCUACACCAUCUCUUCAUCUUACUCUACACAGUCCCCUCCAGUCUACACCAUCUCUUCUAUCUUACUCUACACAGUCCCCUCCAGUCUACACCAUCUCUUCAUCUUACUCUACACAGUCCCCCCAGUCUACACCAAGUCUUCAUCUACUCUACACCGUCCCUCAGUCUACACCAUCUCUUCAUCUUACUCUACACAGUCCGCUCCAGUCUACACCAUCUCUUCAUCUUACUCUACACAGUCCCCCAGUCUACACCAUCUCUUCAUCUUACUCUACACAGUCCCCUCCAGUCUACACCAUCUCUUCAUAUUACUCUACACAGUCCCCUCCAGUCUACACCAGCUCUUCAUCUUACUCUACACAGUCUCCUCCAGUCUACACCAUCUCUUCAUCUUACUCUGCACAGUCCCCUCCAGUCUACACCAUCUCUUCAUCUUACUCUACACAGUCCCCCCAGUCUACACCAUCUCUUCAUCUUACUCUACACAGUCCGCUCCAGUCUACACCAUCUCUUCAUCUUACUCUACACAGUCCCCUCCAGUCUACACCAUCUCUUCAUCUUACUCUACACAGUCCCCCUAGUCUACACCAUCUCUUCAUCUUACUCUACACAGUCCCUUCCAGUCUACACCAUCUCUUCAUCUUACUCUACACAGUCCCCUCCAGUCUACACCAUCUCCUCAUCUUACUCUGCACAGUCCGCUCCAGUCUACACCAUAUCUUCAUCUUACUCUACACAGUCCCCUCCAGUCUACACCAUCUCUUCAUCUUACUCUACACAGUCCCCCUAGUCUACACCAUCUCUUCAUCUUACUCUACACAGUCCCUUCCAGUCUACACCAUCUCUUCAUCUUACUCUACACAGUCCCCUCCAGUCUACACCAUCUCUUCAUCUUACUCUACACAGUCCCCUCCAGUCUACACCAUCUCUUCAUCUUACUCUACACAGUCCCCCUACCAUCUCUUCAUCUUACUCUACACAGUCCCUCUACCAUAUCUUCAUCUUACUCUACACAGUCCCCCUACCAUCUCUUCAUCUUACUCUACACAGUCCCUCUACCAUCUCUUCAUCUUACUCUACACAGUCCCCCUACCAUCUCUUCAUCUUACUCUACACAGUCCCUCUACCAUCUCUUCAUCUUACUCUAUACAGUCCCUCUACCAUCUCUUCAUCUUACUUUACACAGUCCCUCUACCAUCUCUCCAGUCUACACCAUCUCUUCAUCUUACUCUACACAGUCCCUCUACCAUCUCUCCAGUCUACACCAUCUCUGCCUAGCACGUCCACAAUACUAAAAUGUCAACAUUUAUAUUUGAGGCCUGGAGCAUUCAAUAUCCAAUGCUUAUUUGUAUGACUUAUUCAAAACUGUCCAUGAAUGGCUGCAAAAAUACAUAGCCUCAUAUUAUCCAUUUUCAAAAACACAAGGCAUAUCAGAUUACACUGGCAAAAUUGAGAAGUGGAAUAAUAAAAUAAGUUUGGGGAAUAACAGCAGUGUUCUUGCUGACAAGCACAGUAAUUACCCUAUAUAUUUAGCCAUUGUUAAGAAUGAGAAUUGUUCAACUGAUCAGACUAAAUAAAGUAAAUAUAUAAUAAAAUCUCCUGAAGACAGAAUUACAUAAAUCUGCCCCUACACCCUAACCAAAUUAUUGUAAUAUUUAUUGUCCCUCCUCUAGAAUCAAACGUACACUUUUGGGUUCACAAUAUGUUUGUCAAAAUGAUUUUCAUAGUUACAAAUCAGGUCACCCUACUAAACUUCCCUGCUAAAACAUACUGUAGGACUGUCUGCUGGCUUUUAGUUGUCACAGCCUAAAUGCCAAUCACCAAUCGAGGGGACCAACGCAAGUGUAGAUUAAAUCGACUUCAGUACAUGCUGUCAAAAGGUUGCAUUCUGCAAUAGGAAGUAAAAGCAACCUAAUUUUGUUGACAACAUUGUAUAUAAAACAGCCCUACCAUGCUGCUCUUUUUACAGUUUUAUAGUCUCAGCUGAGAACAUUUUCACUCUCCAUUCAGCUCCAUUCUCCUAAUCUUGAGGGGCGUUUCUUUAAAACGUGCAUCCAAUUCCCUUGAUCCCUUACAUAAAUAGACCAAUCAUAUGCUUCAAUGUGCCGUGGUUCACAGUGCUGUGGUAAAACAGGACAAUGAUAGAGGUUCUGCUUGUGAUGUUAAGUUGCAGGCACAGAUGCUACGAUUUCUAUUCAAAACGAUUUGGAGCACAGUUGAGAAGUUAACACACUGACUAUACAAUGGACUAAUUAGAAAAAUAAAUACAGUACUUUUCACAGCAUGAGAUAUAAGAGGUGUGUCGUGUGAGCGUGACAAGAGGGUCAAAUACGUGUGUCUCACGGCCAAUGCGUGAGAGUUGGCAGCUCUGAGAUUGUCUUCUAUUUUGAAUAAAAAAUGUAUGUUUGGUUAAAUCUAUUUUGGUGAAAACUUGGCAGGGAUGGAUAUUGUUGUGUAUAUUCCUCUGUUGACUCAGAUUAGCAUUUAGCAUCAGUCAGACAGUGAGUACUGUAGCAACAGCCUAUGAUAGUUAAAAUAUAAGGAAUUUCAGUAGACACUGUCUCUGUCACUGUGUUCUGUCUCAGUCCAGAAACAAGAAGGGCCCUAGCCUGAUGACCACUGUGGCCAUGCCUGUGUUCAGCACCAAGAACGAGACGGUAAGUGUGUUGUCACGAACGUUGAGAGACGGGUCAGACCAAGGUCCAGCGUGAAAAGCGUACAUGUUUAUUAACUAAAUAAACAUUCAACAAAACAAGAAACAACGUAACGUGAAGUCCAAAAGGCUAUACACAUACCAGCCUAACAGAAACAAGAUCCCACAAUACACAGUAGGCAAUGGGCUACCUAAGUAUGAUCCCCAAUCAGAGACAACGAGCGACAGCUGUCUCUGAUUGGGAAUCACACCCGGCCAAACCUAGAAACACAACCUAGCACUGCAACAUAGAAAUAGACUAACUAGAUCAUAAACAUAGAAUAUAUAACAUAGAAACUCACGCCCUGACCAAACCAACUAAAGACAACAGGCCUCUCAAGGCCAGGGCGUGACAGUAACCCCCCCCCCCAAAGGUGCGUACUCCGGCCGCACCAACCUGACUCAUUAGGGGAGGGUCCGGGUGAGCAUUCAGCCUCGGAGGCGGAUCCGGCUCCGAGGCUGACGACCUCUCCCUCUCUGCCUCCCCGUUGCGCCCCUGGUCUGGUCUGGACCUCGGCGCGAUGCUUCCCCUCUCCUUCCUCCCACGAUGCACCAAGCCCUGUCUGGACCCUGGUGUGGGAGACCCCGAACCUGGAGAGGGGCUGAUGUCUGGGCCUGGAUCGGCAAUCCUCCCACGAUGCACCAAGCCCUGUCUGGACCCUGGUGUGGGAGGCCCAGACCCUGGAGAGGGGCUGACUUCUGGGUCUGGAGUGGAGCCGCUGACCGGAGCUGAACUGGACCCCGGUGGAGCGGACUGCUCUGGCUCCGGAGUGGAUCCGCUGACCGGAGCUGAACUGGACACCGGUGGAGCAGACUGCUCUGGCUCCGGAGUGGAACCGCUGACCGGAGCUGGACAGGGCACCGGUGGAGCGGACUGCUCUGGCUCCGGAGUGGAGCCGCUGACCGGAGCUGAACUGGACCCCGGUGGAGCGGACUGCUCUGGCUCCGGAGUGGAUCCGCUGACCGGAGCUGAACUGGACCCCGGUGGAGCGGACUGCUCUGGCUCCGGAGUGGAACCGCUGACCGGAGCUGGACAGGGCACCGGUGGAGCGGACUGCUCUGGCUCCGGAGUGGAGCCGCUGACCGGAGCUGUACUGGACCCCGGUGGAGCGGACUGCUCUGACUCCGGAGUGGCGCCGCUGACCGGAGCUGAACUGGACCCCGGUGGAGCGGACUCCUCUGACUCCGGAAUGGAGCUGCUGACCAGAGCUGGACUGGGCACCGGUGGAGCGGACUGCUCUGACUCCGGAAUGGAAUCGCCGACUGGAGCUGGACUGGGCACCAGUGGAGCGGACUACUCUGGCUCCGGAGUGGAGCAGCUGACCGGCGCUGGGCUGUACCCCGGUGGAGCGUACCGCUCCGGAGCAAACUUCCGGACCCGUAUCCAUCCCCAUCUCUAAAGCAGGACUAAACGCCGUGCCCAGCCUGGGCACCGACGCAGAGGAAAAUUCCAGCCCUGUAGUAGGACUGGUUGCCGGCCCCAGACUGGGCACCGACACGUUUAGGAGCUCCUGCUCCAAAACGGGGCUGUACGUUGUGCCCACACUGGGCACCGACGCAGAGGUGGUUUCCAACCCUGUAGUUGGGCUGGUUGCCGGCCCCAGACUGGGCACCGACACGCUAAAGUGCUCCCUGCAGGGGACCGUCACUGGAGGUCGGGUGAGUUGUGUGGUUGGAUGAGGUGUAGAAACGCCACCUCUCUCCCAUCGCUCCAAUGUACUCAGCACGCACUCCAUUUUGCUGCCGAGAGCCUGGAUCCUGCUCGCCUGCCGUUGGAUACGUUCCUCCCAAGAUCCGGACGGACCAACUGUACCUGCUGGCUCCAUUUUAGGUGCGUGUUUCUGUCCUGGAACGGGCUGUGCUGGACUGGGAACACGCACCACUGGGUUGGUGCGAGGAGCAGGCACGGGCCGUGCUGGACUGGGAACACACACCACUGGAUUGGUGCGAGAAGCAGCCACGGGCCAUGCUGGACUGGGAACACGCACCACUGGAUUGGUGCGAGAAGCAGGCACGGGCCGUGCCGGACUGGGAACACGCACCACUGGCUUGGUGCAAGAAGCAGGCACGGGCCGUGCCGGACUGGGAACACGCACCACUGGCUUGGUGCGAGAAGCAGGCACGGGCCGUGCCGGACUGGGAACACGCACCACUGGCUUGGUGCGAGAAGCAGGCACGGGGCGUACCGGGCUGGGAACUGGCGUUGGAGAUGUACGACUGAUCCAGUCCUUCUCUCUCUGCGCCCAAUCCUCCUCCAGUGAGGACUCCUCCGGGAGCCCCCACGAGUUAGGGAACAGAACCUCAUCGUCGUCGUCAUCCUCCGACUCCUCAGUGUAAAACUGUUCCCAUUCCUGUUCCCAUGGUCGUAGGGACUCCAACUGGAACCCCACCGGGUGCAGUGGUCGGGGCUCUUCUCUCUCGAUCCCCGACCACCCCUCUAGCCCCCCCCAAAAUUGUUUUAUUGGGGUUGCUUCUCGGGCUUCCUCAGCGGUUGGUCCCGUUGGCGUUGUCGUUGAUCCUCUCUUGCCAGGGCCUGUACCUUCGCCCAGGGUCCUUUCCCAGCGAAUAUCUCCUCCCAUGACCACCAUUCGCCCACCUUUGACAAAGCUAUUCGCUCUGCCUCGGCACGCUGCUUGGUCCUUUUGUGGUGGGAUCUUCUGUCACGAACGUUGAGAGACGGGUCGGACCAAGGUGCAGCGUGAAAAGCGUACAUGUUUAUUAACUAAAUAAACAUUCAACAAAACAAGAAACAACGUAACGUGAAGUCCAAAGGGCUAUACACAUACCAGCCUAACAGGAACAAGAUCCCACAAUACACAGUAGGCAAUGGGCUACUUAAGUAUGAACCCCAAUCAGAGACAACGAGCAACAGCUGUCUCUGAUUGGGAAUCACACCCGGCCAAACCUAGAAACACAACCUAGCACUGCAACAUAGAAAUAGACUAACUAGAUCAUAAACAUAGAAUAUAUAACAUAGAAACUCACGCCCUGACCAAACCAACUUAAAACAACAGGCCUCUCAAGGCCAGGGCAUGACAUGUGUGUGUCUUUGUGUCUGUGUCUGUCUGUCUGUCUGUCAGUCUGUAUUUUUCUUUCUUUCUGUCCAUCUGAUUGUCUGUGUAAUGCUCAUUGAGUCUGUCUCUCUCUGUCAUUGAGUCUGUCUCUCUCUGUCAUUGAGUCUGUCUCUCUUUGUCAUUGAGUCUGUCUCUCUCUGUCAUUGAGUCUUGUCUGUUUCUCCUCUCUCCUUACAGAAGAACCAGGGUAUUCUCCUAGGGGUAGUGGGCACAGACAUUCCCCUACAGGAACUCAUGAAGAUAAUCCCUAAACACCUGGUACAGUGUCUAAUAACCCAAAGUUAUGAUGCAUUGUCAUUUACUGUUCUCCUACACUCUACUUCAUGUAAUCAAGUAUCGCUAUAUUAUUUGUGUGCCUUCAGCUGGGUAUCCACGGUUACGCAUUUGCCAUCACAAACAACGGCUACAUCCUGACCCAUCCAGACCUGAGGCCACUGGUAACGCACUCCUAAACACACUUGCACUAUGUCCCCUAACUUUAACCGUAACCUUUCCACAACAAUGCAUUAACCCUAACCUACACCUUGGACUAUAUAGAAAGCAGGAGAGUGGUUAAUUGAAUAGUUAAUAGAUAUAAUGCCGCCAAUUAAUAUGUGUGUUUUGAAAAACAGAACCAGUUUGAGUGAGUGCUACCGAGCAAGUUGGGAGGCUCAAUCUGUAAUCCUCACCUUUAUCUUUGAUGUAUGCAUGCAGGGAGGGAUACAGGCCAUUGAUACUACUGUAGGGCUGGCUGGCCCUGGCUAACUGAACUAACAGUAACCCUGAGGUAACUCUCCUGUCCUGUAACUGUCCUGUACCAUAGACACUCAACUGUAACUGUAGACUAGGCCAUAGACACUGCUUGGGUUCCCACUGGAAACCUGUUCUAGUGGAUCUGUGUCACGUUAGUGCUCCUGUGUGUGUCUCUGUGUCUUAGACAUUACAUUUAAGUCAUUUAGCAGACGCUCUUAUCCAGAGCGACUUACAGGAGCAAUUAGGGUUAAGUGCCUUGCUUAAGGGCACAUCGACAGAUUUUUCACCUAGUCGGCUCGGGGAUUAGAACCAGCGACCUUUCGGUUACUGGCACAACGCUCUUACCCACUAAGCUACCUGCCUGUGACCGUGGGAGUGUAUUCUGAGCUUGAACCAGACUCUAAUGGACUGGGUCAUUUGUGUUGGAGAAUGGACUGGAUGUUUUUAUGUUAUUGGUUGUUGAUUGAACUGAUCAAUUUGGCAUUAUUGGAGUGGGGAGUUCUAACCUGAUGGAACCAGCCUGAUGGCAAAAUAGCUCAACAUUCUGUUUGAACGGUCAACAUUCUGUGCAGCGGUCAGUCUGUCAGUCUGCUUGACCAGGCUAGGAGUGUUCUGGUUUUGAGCAAGACAGUGUGAGCGAGGCCUUAUAAAAGGUUCACUCUGAAAUAUGCUGUUUACACAAAACAUCCACAGUGCAACCUAAAUCUGAAACAGUUUCAAUCAAAUGUGUGUUCCUAUGUGCCUCAGUAUGAGGAGGGCCAGAAGAGGAGGAAACCCAACUACAGCAGUGUGGACCUAUCUGAGGUGGAGUGGGAGGACAAGGAUGACUUUGUACGUCUAAACCCUGACAUAACAAACACUAUACACACAUCUGAUUCCUAAUACAGACAGACUGAUUUAAUUUGAAAUAAUAAUACUAUUGAUGGGAUUCAGUCCAAGGCGUGUUAUAUAGCAGCGCACUGGACAGCCAACAAGGUGCCUUUUAAAGGCAAUGUCCCGGACAUUCGUGGAGAUCACAUUCAUGGUAAAUGCUGCGGAUGUCUGCUCAAGCGUAAAUUGCGUUUGAAAGGCGCAUUGUCGGCUGUCAAGUAUGUUGCUCUGUAACACGCCUCUGAUUGAAUCCCGGACAUGAACUGAUCGAACUGAACAAAUAUAACACCUCCUGGUGUCUAAUAAUGAUGACACCAAAACUGCACAGACUCCUUACAGCUGGUUUUUCUGUUUCAGCUGCGUAAUGCCAUGGUCAACAGGAAGACUGGGACGUUCUCCAUGGAGGUGAAGAAGACAGUGGACAAAGGGGUGAGACGGGAGGAGGAGGAUGACUCUUACAGUUACAGUAUAUCAAAGAGUCUGGACUGUAAUGAAAUCAAUGGAUGAGUCCUCAUGCUUCCUGCUUUCCUCUGUGCUUUCAGAAACGUCUCCUGAAGAUGCACAAUGACUACUACUACACUGAAGUCAAAGGAACUCCCUUCAGGUGAGGGGAGAUGUUUCCUAUUUAUCUUGAUACAUUCUCUAAUGUUUCAUGUGUGUCUCUGUGAAUGUAAAUGUUGACCAUAUCUGACAGUCCGUCACUAUGCUGGGUUCAGGUGAGUGGAGAUGUCAUUUAUCUUCAGCAGAGGAGAGUAGGGUGCACUACGCUUCUUUAGCUUUUCAGUACAUUUAUUGAUUUAUCCAUUUAUCUUGAUCAAUUCUCUUGAUGUUCUUCUGUGAGUUGACAUGAUGGGCUGGUUCAGUGAGUGGGUUAGCGACAUGUGUCUCUUUGAGUGUAACUCUUGACUAUCUCUAAGAUUCACCCUACUGUGUGUGUGUGUCUGUGUCUGUGUCUGUUUGUGUGUCUGUCUGUGUGUGUGUGUGUGUGUGUGUGUGUGUGUGUGUGUGUGUGUGUGUGUGUGUGUGUGUGUGUGUGUGUGUGUGUGUGUCUGUAUGGGUGUUUGUGUGCGUGUUUAUAUUAUUUCUGUGUUCAGUGUCGGUGUGGCUUUGUCCAGAGGCCAUGGCAAAUUCUUCUUCAGGGGAAACGUCUCCGUAGAAGCAGGUAAGGGUCAAUCUACUCUUGUCAUUCACUCUCCCACUCCUUCCCUCCUACACUCACUCAACCAUCCAUGAGAGCGUCAUCAGUUUCACAUAUAAGUCUGUGUAUUCUGUACCUGUGGUCUGCCUUUUCUUAAGGCCUUAAAUCAGUCCACUGAGCCUGGCCCCACUGAUCUGAUGUUCAUGUGUUUUUCAGGGCUUCAUGACCUGGAACAGCCAGAUGUUGCACUGGCAGACGAAUGGUAAUGCAGGGGGUUAUGGGUAAUGUAGAGGGUUAUAGGCUUGAGCUUGGUCAGUCAAGCAUUAUAUACAGUGGGUAUCAUAAGUAUUCACCCCCCUUUUCUUCACAUUUUAUUGUGUUACAAAGUGGGAUGAAAAUUGAUUUAAUUGUCAUUUAUGUGUCAACGAUCAACACAUAAUUCGCUGUAAAUGGAAGAAAAAGUAUAACUUUUAAAAAUAUAAAUGAAAAAUAAAACACUGAUAUACCUUGAUUUGAUAACUAUUCACCCCCCUGAGUCAAUGCAUGUUAGAAAUACCUUUGGCAGAGAUUACAGUUGUGAGUCUUCUUGGGUAAGUCUCUAAGAGCUUUACACACAUGGAUUGUGCAAUAUUUGCCCAUUUCUUUCAAAAUUCUUCAAGCUCUGUCAAGGUGAUGGUGAUCAUAGCUAGACAGCAAUUUUCAAGUCUUGACAUAGAUUUUCAGGCAGAUUUCAGUCAAAAAUGUAACUCGGCCACUUAGGAACAUUCACUGUCUUCUUGGUAAGCAACUCCAGUGUAGAUUUGGCCUGCUGUUACAGGUUAUUGUCCUGCUGAAAGGUGAAUUUCUCUCCCAGUGUCUGGUGUAAAGCAGACUGAAGCAGAUUUUCCUCUAGGAUUUUGCCUGUGCUUAGUUCCACCCUGUUUAUUUUUAUCCUGAAAAACUCCCCAGUCUUUGUCAAUGUCAAGCAUGCCCAUACCAUGAUGCAGCCACCACCAUGCUCGACAUUUAGGCCAAAAACUGUAUUCCUUUGCCGUGUUUUUUUAAUCCAGUAUUACUUUAGUGCCUUGUUGCAUGCAGGAUGAAUGUUUUGGAAUAUUUGUAUUCUUCUUUUCACUCUGUCAUUUAGGUCAUUAUUGUGGAGUCACUAAAAUGUUGUUGAUCCAGGCUCAGUUUUCUCCCAUCACAGCCAUUGAGACAUUGUUUUAAAAUCCCCAAUGGCCUCAUAGUGACAUCCUUAAGCAGUUUCCUUCCUGCCCUGCAGCUCAGUUCAGUUCAGAAGAACUACUCGAUGUGUGUCUGGGGGUUUUAAUACAUCAUCCACAGGCUCAGCAUAAUUCUUAACUUGACCAUGCAUUAAAUGUCUGAUUUGUUAUUGUUACCCAUCUACCAAUCACUGCCCUUCAUUAUGAGGCUUUUGAAAAGCUCCCUGGUCUUUGUAGUUGAAUCUGUGCUUGAAAUUCAAUACUUGACUGAGGGACCUUACAGAUGUUGUAUGUAUGGGAGACAGAGGAAGGGGUAGUCAUUCUGAAAUCAUGUCAACCCCUAUUAUUUCAGACAGUGAGUCCAUGUACCUUAUUAUGUGAUUUGUUAAGUCAAAUUGUACUCCUGAACUAAUUUAGGCUUGCCUAAACAAAGGGAGUGUAUAUAUGUAUAUACAGUGGGGAGAACAAGUAUUUAAUACACUGCCGAUUUUGCAGGUUUUCCUACUUACAAAGCAUGUAGAGGCCAUGUAUUGCGAGAUCUUGGCCAACAACCUCCUUCCCUCAGUAAGAGCAUUGAAGAUGGGUUGUGGCUGGGUCUUCCAGCAUGACAACGACCCGAAACACACAGCCAGGGCAACUAAGGAGUGGCUCCGUAAGAAGCAUCUCAAGGUCCUGGAGUGGCCUAGCCAGUCUCCAGACCUGAACCCAAUAGAAAAUCUUUGGAGGGAGCUGAAAGUCUGUAUUGUCCAGCGACAGCCCCGAAACCUGAAGGAUCUGGAGAAGGUCUGUAUGGAGGAGUGGGCCAAAAUCCCUGCUGCAGUGUGUGCAAACCUGGUCAAGACCUACAGGAAACGUAUGAUCUCUCUAAUUACAAACAAAGGUUUCUGUACCAAAUAUUAAGUUCUGCUUUUCUGAUGUAUCAAAUACUUAUGUCAUGCAAUAAAAUGCAAAUUAAUUACUUAAAAAUCAUACAAUGUGAUUUUCUGGAUUUUUGUUUUAGAUUCCGUCUCUCACAGUUGAAGUGUACCUAUGAUAAAAAUUACAGACCUCUACAUGCUUUGUAAGUAGGAAAACCUGCAAAAUCGGCAGUGUAUCAAAUACUUGUUCUCCCCACUGUAUGUAUAUGUAAUAUAUAUAAAUAUGUAAUAUAUAUAUAUAUGUAAUAUAUAUGAAUAUGUAAUAUAUAUGUAUAUGUAAUAUAUGAAUAUGCGAUGACUAUAUUUUCGUUAUUACAUUUGUUUUUUCAUUUGUAAAAAUGUGUCGAAUUUUCUUUUCACUUUAACAUUAUGGUGUAUUUCCGGAGAUCAAUGACAAAAAUUAAAUACGCUACCAGUCAAAAGUUUGGGGACACCUACUCAUUCAAGGGUUUUUCUUUAUUUUUCUAAUUUUUACAUUGUAUAAUGAUAGUGAAGACGUCAAAACCAUGAAAUAACACAUUUGGGAUCAUGCAGUAACCAAACAUUUUUUAAACAAAUCUAAAUAUAUUUUAUAUUUGAGAUUCUUCAACUAGCCACCCUUUGCCUUGAUGACAGCUUUGCACACGCUAGGCAUUCUCUCAACCAGCUUCAUGAGGUAGUCAACUGGAAUGCAUUUCAAUUAACAGGUGUGCCUCCUUAAAAGUUAAUUUGUGGAAUUUCUUUCCUUCUUAAUGUGUUUUAGCCAAUCAGUUGUGUUAUGACAAGGUAGGGGGGGGGGGGGGGGGGGGGUAUACAGAAGAUAGCCCUAUUUGGUAAAAGACCAAGUCCAUAUUAUGGCAAGAACAGCUCAAAUAUGCAAAGAGAAACGACAGUCCAUCAUUACUUUAAGACAGUCAAUACGAAACAUUUCAAUAAAAGUUUCUUCAAGUGCAGUUGCAAAAACCAUCAAGCGCUAUGAUGAAACUGGCUCUCAUGAGGACCGCCACAGGAAUGGAAGACCCAGAGUUACCUCUGCUGCAGAGGAUAAGUUCAUUAGAGUUACCAGCCUCAGAAAUUGCAGCCCAAAUAAAUGCUUCACAGAGUUCAAGUCACAGACACAUCUCAACAUCAACUGUUCAGACGGGACUGUGUGAAUCAGGUCUACAUGGUCGAAUUGCUGCAAAGGACCCCAAUAAUAAGAAGAGACCUGCUUGGGCCAAGAAACACGAGCAUUGGACAUUAGACCGGUGGAAAUGUGUCUUUUGGUCUGGAGUCCAAAUUUGAGAUUUUUGGUUCCAACCGCCGUGUCUUUGUGAGAUGCGGUGUGGGUGAACGGAUGAUCUCUGCAUGUGUAUUUCCCACCGUAAAGCAUGGAGGGGGAAGUGUUAUGUUGUGGGGGUGCUUUGCUGGUGACACUGUCUGUGAUUUAUGUAGAAUUAAAGGCACGCUUAACCAGCAUGGCUACCACAGCAUUCUGCAGUGAUACGCCAUCCCAUCUGGUUUGGGCUUAGUGGGACAAUCACUUCUUUUUCAACAGGACAAUGACCCAACACACCUCCAGGCUGUGUAAGGGCUAUUUUACCAAGAAGGAGAGCGAUGGAGUGCUGCAUCAGAUGACCUGGCCUCCACAAUCCCCCGACCUCCAUCCAAUUGAGAUGGUUUGGGAUGAGUCGGACCGCAGAUUGAAGGACAAGCAGCCAACAAGUGCUCAGCAUAUGUGGGAACUUCUUCAAGACUGUUGGAAAAGCAUUCCAGGUGAAGCUGGUUGAGAGAAUGCCAAGAGUGUGCAAAGCUGUCAUCAAGGCAAAGGUGGCUACUUUGAAGAAUCUCAAAUAUAAAAUAUAUUUUGAUUUGUUUAACACUUUUUUGCUUACUACAUGAUUCCAUAUGCAUUAUUUUAUAGUUUUGAUGUCUUCACUAUUAUUCUACAAUGUUGAAAAUAGUAAAAAUAAAGAAAACCCUUGAAUAAGUAGAUGUGUCCAAACUCUUGACUGGUACUGUAUAUUUCAAUCCCACUUUGUAAUGUAACAAAAUGUGAAAUAAUCUAAGGGGGGUGAAUACUUAUGAUACCCACUUUAGGUUACUGCUCCCUGUAAGUCUCAGUAGCCAUGUGGCAUAACAGUAUGUGUGUCUGUUAUGUUAUGUUAUGGCCGAAACGUUGGUUAUUUUCAUUAAAUGGUUGGGAGUAUUUAGACAGUGUUUUCGUUCUGUCGGGGUCAGCACCUCACCAUCUUUUUGGGGUGUGUUUCUACCUAUUCAUUUGACAGGACGUACUGCAACACAGACGAGCACCAUGAGCACCGUUCUCUCUCCCAGAUCCAGGCUAUUAAACUCUACCUGACCGGACGCAAACCACUCAUCAAAUGUGAGUCACACCUCACUUGGAUCUAUGGGCCUACUAACUAUAACCCUAUAACCUUAACCCAAGCCUCAGCCUUAACCCUAUAACCCCACAUUUACAUUUACAUUUUAGUCAUUUAGCAGACGCUCUUAUCCAGAGCGACUUACAGUUAGUGCAUUCACAUCGUAAGAUAACUAGGUGGGACAACCACAAUUCUAACCCUAUAACCCUAGCCUUAACCCUAACCCUAUAACCAUAUUCCCCUAACCCUAUAACCCUAACCCUAUACCUUAACCCUAACCCUAUACCCUAACCCUAACCCUAUACCCCUAACCUUAUAACCCUAUAACCCUAACCCUAUACCCCUAACCCUAUAACCUUAACCCUAGCCUCAGCCUUAACCCUAUCCCUCAGCCUUAACCCUAACCAUACAGUGAGGGAAAAAAGUAUUUGAUCCCCUGCUGAUUUUGUACGUUUUCCCACUGACAAAAACAUGCGUUUUUCUGGAUUUUGUUGUUGUUAUUCUGUCUCUCACUGUUCAAAUCAACCUACCAUUAAAAUUAUAGACUGAUACUUUCUUUGUCAGUGGGCAAACGUACAAAAUCAGCAGGGGAUCAAAUACUUUUUUCCCUCACUGUAUAACCCAACCCUAUAAUAUGCCAUUUAGCAGACACUUUUAUCCAAAGCGACUUACAGUCAUGUGCGCAUACAUUUUUACAUAUGGGUGGUCCCGGGGAUCAAACCCACUACCCUGGCGUUACAAGCGCCAUGCUCUACCAAUUGAGCUACAGAGGACCACUAUAACUCUAACCCUCAGCCUUAACCCUAACCCUAUACCCUGUCUGUAGAGGACUUGGUCGUGUGUUUCCUGGACUGAAUAUCCCAUCUGCUUCAGAGGACAGGAAGUUAAUUAUUAUGAUGUGGUUAGUCAAAAUAGAAUGUAAUGUUAUCUAGUCAUGAUUGAUAGAGGGUGAUGACUCUGUCCUGUCUGUAUAGUUUCCUGUAGUGAACCUGAACAAGUCCUCUCUGCUGCAGGUGACAGGGAGCUGAUCCAGGAGGUUUUGUUUGAUGCUGUGGUCACAGCCCCACUGGAGGCCUACUGGACAGGCCUGGCCCUCAACAAGUCAGAGUGAGUCUAACUGAUUAACUCCUAAACUGAACUAACUCCUUCUCAACUAACUUUGUCACUGCCCUGCCCCUGUUGUAUUACCACAGGUAUGUAACAGAGUGUCUCUAUGCUGUCAUCGCCAGCAUACAGUCCUCUAUACUCUGUGAUAUCAUGACAAUUAUGCUGAUUAUCUCCCCUUAUUAUAUUCUUACUGUACACUUGUUUGCUUCCAUCAUGUCUACAGGAAUUCAGAUAAAGGUGUGGAGAUUGCUUACCUGGGCACACGCACUGGCCUCUCUAGAACCAACCUGUUUGUUGUCACAGAGGACCUAUCCAAUCAGUGAGUACUAUACUGAGCAUCUGAUGAAUAAGUCAAAUUAUCACUGAGACAAAGCACUGCAGCAGUAACUUUGACUUGAAGUUUCAGCAGUGACUUGUAGUUUGACUUGUAGUUUCAGCAGUGGCUUGUAGUUUCAGCAGUGGCUUGUAGUUUCAGCAGUGACUUGUAGUUUGUGGUAGUUUGACUUGUGGUUUCAGCAGUUACUUGUAGUUUCAUCAAUGACUUGUAGUUUGUGGCUGUUUGACUUGUAGUUUCAGUAGUGACAUGAAGUUUGUGGUAGUUGGACUUGUAGUUUCAGUAGUGACUUGUAGUUUCAGCAGUGGCUUGUAGUUUGACUUGUAGUUUCAGCAGUGACUUGUAGUUUCUGGUAGUUUGACUUUUAGUUUCAGCAGUGACUUGUAGUUUCAGCAGUGACUUGUAGUUUCUCUUCUGACUCCUUCAUGUCUUCCUGUGUGCCAUUAGAGACUUCCUGACAGCGGAGGAUAAGGAGGGGGUGUUUAACGCUGACCACUUCCCUCUGUGGUAUAAGAGAUCAGCAGAGCAGGUCCCCGGCACCUUUGUCUACUCCAUCCCCUUUGGAGGUAUGGAGACACUGACACUAAAUGACCUUUACUACAUCCAGAAAUCCCACACCAGCUAAAUACACCUUUACUCGACCUCAAAGUUCAACAAACGUUUUUAUACGGCUUCAUCCAUCGCUUGCCCUGUGUAUCCAUUGUGUGGUUGUUGUUGCCUUUAAAAUACUAUUUUGUGUAUUGUGUAAUUUUUUUAAAGUUUACUUUUUAAUCCAUUAAAUCUGUAGCUCAGUUGGUAGAGCAUGGCGCUUGCAACGCAAGGGUUGUGGGUUCGUUUCCCACGGGGGGCCAGUAUGAAAAAUGUAUGCACUCACUAAUUGUAAGUCGCUCUGGAUAAGAGCGCCUGCUAAAUGACUAAAAUGUAAAAAAAUGUAAUCAAUCUUCAGUGUCUCUGAUAUACGGUAGCUCACUCUCCCAACACUGUAAUGUAACACCGUCUGUAGUGCAUUCUCCCACUCAAUAGUUCAAUAUAGUUUACCUUGUUGUAUGCAUUUCUGUUGAGAUUCUGUGUGUCUCUGAUAGGUUUAUCAUGGAGACUGUGUAUCUGUGUCUCUGAUAGGGUGUACUGUAGAGCUCACAUCCCUAACUGCUGUGUGUAAUUAAUGUGCCCCACUUUCUCCCCACUGAAAGGAAGAGAGGAGAGGUAUAUUCAGAUCAGGAUCAUACUGUUCCCUGUUGUCUACCUGCUCUACCUGUUUUUAUCCCCUGGGUCUAGGCUGUAGUUCAAUACUAUUCUCUCUCCUCUCUCUCUCUCUCUCUCUCUCUCUCUCUCUCUCUCUCCUCUCUCUCUCUCUCUCUCUCUCUCUCUCCUCUCUCUCUCUCUCUCUCUCUCUCCUCUCUCUCUCUCUCUCUCUCUCUCUCUCUCUCUCCUCUCUCUCUCUCUCUCUCUCUCUCUCCCCCUCUCAAGGGGCUUUGUACUGCUAUUACCUGAGCUGUUUUAUCACAGAACGGAUCACUCUCUCGCUGUCAGAAUCAUUUCAAACAUCCUGGCUGAGCUCCACCGAUGUCAUUCUACUGUAUAACCGUACAGAGUGGAGUAGUGGGUUGCUCCUGUGUUAGAGCCUGCUGUUUGAAAGCUGUGUGUAUGGCGCCAUCUUCAGGCUAGAUAAGGUGUAUCACUCAUAUUUCUGUGAUUUGUUCCAGGGUUGCUAUACACUGAGUGUACAAAACAUUAGGAACACCUCCUCUUUACAUGACAUAGACUGACCAGGUGAAUCCAGGUGAAAGCUAUGAUCCCUUAUUGAUGUCACUUGUUACAUCCACUUCAAUCAGUGUAGAUAAAGGGGAGGAGACAGGUUAAGAAGGAUGUUUAAGCCUUGAGCCAAUACGCUAGACAAGGUGGGAUAUUUUUGUUGGUCAAAGUAAUUAUAUGAGAAAUGUCGGUGGAAACGCUUUUAUGCGAAAAUAUUGAUAUAAUAACCAUCAUAUUGAAGAAAACCUGGAGUCACGCUAUUACAUGUUGUGUGGUCCUCCCACUACAACUAGUCCGGAAAGCAUGCAGUUUAUUAGGCUACAGAUUAAAUAAAUUAUGAUGAACUUCACAGGGUGGUGAAAGUACAUGGUGAUGAACUUGAUGCUCAUUUCCAAUAAAUAUCGAGGGUCUUAUUCUGGUGACAUGGUCAUCGAUGCAUGGUCAUCGAUGCUUAGCUGCCGUUUGACAAAUACAAAUAAUAUUGAUAUUUUUGUCUAUAAUCUCACCAUGUAGGUUAUACAUGCGCUGAGCGCACGUGCCAAUACCAGAGUGGGCACAUUUGUUUUGUGAGAAAACCAUCCGUAGAGUUGAAACGACGAUGGAAACCCCUUUAACUUGUAUUUUUUAUUCGGUACAUGGAAAUUUAACCGCAAAAGGUAUUUUUAUCUGCAACGAGUCAAUUUGAUAAUAACAAAAAUAAUAAUAUCUUCCUGAAUCAUUAUAAUGAGAUUUGUUUGAGUGAAUACAAUUGCACUAGAAUUGUCAUAUAUAUAUAUAUUUUUCUAUAUACAAUAUAUAUAUAUAUAUAUAUAUAUAUAUAUAUAUAUAUAUACAGUGGGGGAAAAAAGUAUUUAGUCAGCCACCAAUUGUGCAAGUUCUUCCACUUAAAAAGAUGAGAGAGGCCUGUAAUUUUCAUCAUAGGUACACGUCAACUAUGACAGACAAAUUGAGAAAGAAAAAUCCAGAAAAUCACAUUGUAGGAUUUUUUAUGAAUUUAUUUGCAAAUUAUGGUGGAAAAUAAGUAUUUGGUCACCUACAAACAAGCAAGAUUUCUGGCUCUCACAGACCUGUAACUUCUUCUUUAAGAGGCUCCUCUGUCCUCCACUCGUUACCUGUAUUAAUGGCACCUGUUUGAACUUGUUACCCUAUAGAAAAUCUUUGGAGGGAGUUGAAAGUCCGUGUUGCCCAGCGACACCCACAAAACAUCACUGCUCUAGAGGAGAUCUGCAUGGAGGAAUGGGCCAAAAUACCAGCAACAGUGUGUGAAAACCUUGUGAAGACUUACAGAAAACGUUUGACCUGUGUCAUUGCCAACAAAGGGUAUACAACAAAGUAUUGAGAAACUGUUGUUAUUGACCAAAUACUUAUUUUCCACCAUAAUUUGCAAAUAAAUUCAUUAAAAAUCCUACAAUGUGAUUUUCUUGAAUUUUUUUUCUCAUUUUGUCUGUCAUAGUUGACGUGUACCUAUGAUGAAAAUUACAGGCCUCUCUCAUCUUUUUAAGUGGGAGAACUUGCACAAUUGGUGGCUGACUAAAUGCUUUUUUUCCCCACUGUAUAUAUAUAUACUGUAUAUAUAUAUUUACAUUUACAUCAUUUAGCAGACGGUCUUAUCCAGAGCAACUUACAAAAUAUAUAUAUAUAUAUAUAUAUUGUAUGUAUUUAGUAUUUUCUUGUUUAUACCUGUGUUCUGUUUUGUUAGACAUGUUUGAUGUAGGGAUGGAAGUUAUUGAUAAUUUUGUAUAAUGAAUAAAACAUUUUUUCACGAAAGGUCAAUUUGAUGGAAACAUCUCUGGUGGGAAAAUGUGCAUAUUGUUUUCAUGCGUUUUUUAGAAUAUUCGCAUAAAAAUCUGUUGCCAAUUGGAUGGAACCUAGCUACUGACAAAUAAUUUUUGGUCAAUUUUUAUGGAUUUUUUUAUGUUAAAUGUCUGAUAAUGUCUGUGCUCUUCUGUGUUCCUGUUUCUCCCCAGGAAAUGAGAAUAAGAGUGUGGUUUUGGCCAGCACUGCCAUACAGCUGCUGGAUGACAGGAAGUCACCCAUUGUUGCAUGUAAAUUCACUCAUCCCUAAUUUAGAGUAAUAUAAGGUUUUCCUGUCAUAAACUUUUAACUGUAAUAUUUUCAAUAUAAAUGCCCAUUGAAGACAUUUGAAGAAACCCCUUUAUCAGAAUCAGAAUCACCUUUAUUCGCCAAGUACAUUUACAUGUAACAGGAAUUAGACCUGGUGAAAUAGUGCUGACCACAAUAAACAGAAUGUACAGACAGAAUAUAUAGACAAAGAAUUGACACAUCAUUCACAUAAAUGCUUACUUCCUCUACUAGAUGUACAGUGUGCUGACUGUGUUCUGUUUGUAUUUUCUCAAAUCCACUAUAGCCGUUGGGAUUCAAAUGAAGCUGGAUUUCUUUCAAAGGAAGUUCUGGACCGCUAGCAGACAGGUAGACACACACACACACACACACACACACACACACACACACACACACACACACACACACACACACACACACACACACACACACACACACACACACACACCUGAAUUCACUCAUUCAAACUCCAGUGCUGUGAGACAUGAUGUAUUGAUUAUUGAAUUAAAUAAUUCAUCAUAUUGAUUUGAUACAGUGUGCUGCUCUGGAUGGGAAGUGCACCAUCAGCUGUGAUAAUGAGGUAAGAACAGAACAGUCCCUGUCUGAAACUCCCCUCAUUCAACUUACUGUUUCUGGGCUUCUCUCUUCCUGUCUCAACUUUCCCACUUCCUGUCUGUACUGUCUCUGACCUUUCUCUGUUCCCACUCACUAUUGAAUUGCUACAUUAUGUCCUGUGCUGAUGAUUUGUAUCUUCCUAUUGUCUCUAUUCUUAGGACAUCAAGUGUUACCUCAUAGACAACAACGGCUUUAUUCUGGUCACAGAAGACUACUCUCAGGUACCACUUACAUACAUAAGACACGUAUGUUUGUCCUGUGUCCUGUAGCUCCCCUAGGUCCUAGUAUUUGCCUUUAAAUAAACCAUAUUUUCUUCCUCAGACAGGGAAGUUCUUUGGCGAGGUGGAGGCUGCUGUUAUGAACAAGCUGCUCCUCAUUGGCUCCUUCAAAAGGUUAGAGAAGCAAUAAUAUUACAAUCAUCAUACCCACAAUGUCACUCUGUCAUACACAGUCGAAGACACACCGCCAUGGCCUACACACAUUGGUGCGCAUACAUACACACACUAAUGUCCUGUUGUCUCCUCUCUGUAGGAUCAAUCUGCAUGACUACCAGGCUCUCUGUAGAGAGUAUGCUGGCAGCAGUGAUAGUGGACACUGUUUAUCACAUGUAAGUUCCGCCCCUAAAUGAUUCACCAGCCUUACGUCCAGUCAAUGUUAAAUCCACUUAACGCAAAUUAUUUAAUUUCUUCUCUUCCAGCCCUUCUCCAUUGUGAAAUGGCUCCUGACCGAACUAGUCAUGUGAGAAUAAUACUAUCACCUUGAUAUAAUAAAAUGAUUGAUAAAGUUCCACUGAUUAUCAACCACGUACAGUGGGGAGAACAAGUAUUUGAUACACUGCCGAUUUUGCAGGUUUUCCUACUUACAAAGCAUGUAGAGGUCUGUAAUUUUUAUCAUAGGUACACUUCAACUGUGAGAGACGGAAUCUAAAACAAAAAUCCAGAAAAUCACAUUGUAUGAUUUUUAAGUAAUUCAUUUGUAUUUUAUUGCAUGACAUAAGUAUUUGAUACAUCAGAAAAGCAGAACUUAAUAUUUGGUACAGAAACCUUUGUUUGCAAUUACAGAGAUCAUACGUUUCCUGUAGGUCUUGACCAGGUGUGCACACAUUGCAGCAGGGAUUUUGGCCCACUCCUCCAUACAGACCUUCUCCAGAUCCUUCAGGUUUCGGGGCUGUCGCUGGGCAAUACGGACUUUCAGCUCCCUCCAAAGAUUUUCUAUUGGGUUCAGGUCUGGAGACUGGCUAGGCCACUCCAGGACCUUGAGAUGCUUCUUACGGAGCCACUCCUUAGUUGCCCUGGCUGUGUGUUUCGGGUCGUUGUCAUGCUGGAAGACCCAGCCACGACCCAUCUUCAAUGCUCUUACUGAGGGAAGGAGGUUGUUGGCCAAGAUCUCGCGAUACAUGGCCCCAUCCAUCCUCCCCUCAAUACGGUGCAGUCGUCCUGUCCCCUUUGCAGAAAAGUAUCCCCAAAGAAUGAUGUUUCCACCUCCAUGCUUCACGGUUGGGAUGGUGUUCUUGGGGUUGUACUCAUCCUUCUUCUUCCUCCAAACACGGCGAGUGGAGUUUAGACCAAAAAGCUCUAUUUUUGUCUCAUCAGACCACAUGACCUUCUCCCAUUCCUCCUCUGGAUCAUCCAGAUGGUCAUUGGCAAACUUCAGACGGGCCUGGACAUGCGCUGGCUUGAGCAGGGGGACCUUGCGUGCGCUGCAGGAUUUUAAUCCAUGACGGCGUAGUGUGUUACUAAUGGUUUUCUUUGAGACUGUGGUCCCAGCUCUCUUCAGGUCAUUGACCAGGUCCUGCCGUGUAGUUCUGGGCUGAUCCCUCACCUUCCUCAUGAUCAUUGAUGCCCCACGAGGUGAGAUCUUGCAUGGAGCCCCAGACCGAGGGUGAUUGACCGUCAUCUUGAACUUCUUCCAUUUUCUAAUAAUUGCGCCAACAGUUGUUGCCUUCUCACCAAGCUGCUUGCCUAUUGUCCUGUAGCCCAUCCCAGCCUUGUGCAGGUCUACAAUUUUAUCCCUGAUGUCCUUACACAGCUCUCUGGUCUUGGCCAUUGUGGAGAGGUUGGAGUCUGUUUGAUUGAGUGUGUGGACAGGUGUCUUUUAUACAGGUAACGAGUUCAAACAGGUGCAGUUAAUACAGGUAAUGAGUGGAGAACAGGAGGGCUUCUUAAAGAAAAACUAACAGGUCUGUGAGAGCCGGAAUUCUUACUGGUUGGUAGGUGAUCAAAUACUUAUGUCAUGCAAUAAAAUGCAAAUUAAUUACUUAAAAAUCAUACAAUGUGAUUUUCUGGAUUUUUGUUUUAGAUUCCGUCUCUCAUAGUUGAAGUGUACCUAUGAUAACAAUUACAGACCUCUACAUGCUUUGUAAAUAGGAAAACCUGCAAAAUUGGCAGAGUAUCAAAUACUUGUUCUCCCCACUGUAUAAAUGUUUUAUUAUAUAAAUGUAUAUUUUGAAUGUGUAUGUUUGUGUCUUCCUCUUCAGUUUCCUGCUGGAGUUCAACCUGUACAGCUGGUGGCAUGUUGACCUCUCUGUCAAAGGUCAGUAUGUGCAUGAUAAUAAACUGGGUGGUUCGAACCAUGAAUGCUGAUUGGCUGACAGCCGUAGUAUAUCAGACUGUAUACCACGUGUAUGACAAAACAUUUAUGUUUACUGCUCUAAUGACGUUGGAAACCAGUAUAAAAUAGCAAUAAGGCACCUCGAGGCUCAGAAUAAAUUAGAGGAAAAACAAAAAGAAAUGGAGAAACUUAUUCAAGAAAGAUCAAGUGUAAUAUAUUAUAAAAAUAAAGCAAACUGGAUGGAAUAUGGGGAAAAAUGAACCAAAUUAUUUUUUUAUCUUCAACAUAGGAAUGCUACCAAAAAGAAUUUAAUGAAACUGGUUAGAAUUGACGGAGUAACCCAUGAUUCACCAAAUUAUAUUUUGAAGGAGGAAACAAAGUACUUUAAGCAUAUGUUUUCGUUUCAGUCGCCUCCAUCUCCUCUAUCUGAAGCUAAUUGUAGAGAGCUUUUUUCUAUUGAUAAUAUAAAAUUAACAUCCAUACAGAAAGACUAAUGUGAAGGUGAAAUUACAGAGGAGGAACUUCUGAAUGCAAUUAAAGACUUUAAGCCCGGGAAAACACGGACUUUCAACUCCCUCCAAAGAUUUUCUAUGGGGUUGAGAUCUGGAGACUGGCUAGGCCACUCCAGGACCUUGAAAUGCUUCUUACGAAGCCACUCCUUCGUUGCCCGGGCGGUGUGUUUGGGAUCAUUGUCAUGCUGAAAGACCCAGCCACGUUUCAUCUUCAAUGCCCUUGCUGAUGGAAGGAGGUUUUCACUCAAAAUCUCACGAUACAUGGCCCCAUUCAUUCUUUCCUUUACACGGAUCAGUUGUCCUGGUCCCUUUGCAGAAAAACAGCCCCAAAGCAUGAUGUUUCCACCCCCAUGCUUCACAGUAGGUAUGGUGUUCUUUGGAUGCAACUCAGCAUUCUUUGUCCUCCAAACACGACGAGUUGAGUUUUUACCAAAAAGUUCUAUUUUGGUUUCAUCUGACCAUAUGACAUUCUCCCAAUCCUCUUCUGGAUCAUCCAAAUGCACUCUAGCAAACUUCAGACGGGCCUGGACAUGUACUGGCUUAAGCAGGGGGACACGUCUGCCACUGCAGGAUUUGAGUCCCUGGCGGCGUAGUGUGUUACUGAUGGUAGGCUUUGUUACUUUGGUCCCAGCUCUCUGCAGGUCAUUCACUAGGUCCCCCCGUGUGGUUCUGGGAUUUUUGCUCACCGUUCUUGUGAUCAUUUUGACCCCACGGGGUGAGAUCUUGCGUGGAGCCCCAGAUCGAGGGAGAUUAUCAGUGGUCUUGUAUGUCUUCUAUUUCCUAAUAAUUGCUCCCACAGUUGAUUUCUUCAAACCAAGCUGCUUACCUAUUGCAGAUUCAGUCUUCCCAGCCUGGUGCAGGUCUACCAUUUUGUUUCUUGUGUCCUUUGACAGCUCUUUGGUCUUGGCCAUAGUGGAGUUUGGAGUGUGACUGUUUGAGGUUGUGGACAGGUGUAUUUUAUACUGAUAACAAGUUCAAACAGGUGCCAUUAAUACAGGUAACGAGUGGAGGACAGAGGAGCCUCUUAAAGAAGAAGUUACAGGUCUGUGAGAGCCAGAAAUCUUGUUUGUUUGUAGGUGACCAAAUACUUAUUUUCCACCAUAAUUUGCAAAUAAAAUCAUUAAAAAUCCUACAAUGUGAUUUUCUGGAUUUUUUUUUCUCAAUUUGUCUGUCAUAGUUGAUGUGUACCUAUGAUGAAAAUUACAGGCCUCUCUCAUCUUUUUAAGUGGGAGAAUUUGCACAAUUGGUGGCUGACUAAAUACUUUUUUUCCCCACUGUACUAAGAGGUCCGUUAUUAGCAUGUUUUAACCACUCCUAUGUAAAUGGUAGAUUAUCUGACACUCAAGAAGAAGGUCUGAUCUCAUUAUUACUGAAACAGGAUACAAGUGGAAAAUAUAAAGAUCCAGUCCAUUAAUAAAAUUGGAGGCCCCUUACACUUCAGUGUUGUGAUGCAAAAAUUCUAGCAAAAUGUAUAGCGCAUAGAAUUAAAAAGGUAUUGUCGGAUAUUAUUCAUUCUAAUCAGACAGGUUUUUUACAUGGAAGAUACAUUGGAGAUAAUAUAAGGCAAGUAUUGGAAACAAUAGAACACUAUGGGAAAUCUGAGAAACCAGGCCUGCUAUUCAUAGCAGACUUUGAAAAGGCAUUUGAUAAAGUACGACUGCGGUUUAUAUAUAAAUGCCUCGAGCAUUUCAAUUUUGGUGAAUCUCUUAUAAAAUGGGUCAAAAUCAUGUAUAGUAACCCUAGGUGUAAAAUAGUAAAUAAUGGCUAUUUCUCAGAAAGUUUUAAACUGUGAAGAGGAGUGAAACAAGGUUGUCCACUAUCUAUUUAUUGUGGCCAUCGAGAUGUUACCUAUUAAAAUCAGAUCCAACAAUAAUAUCAGGGGAUUAGAAAUCCAGGGCUUAAAAACAAAGGUGUCAUUGUACGCUGAUGAUUCAUGUUUUCUUUUAAAUCCACAACUAGAAUCACUCCACAGCCUCAUAGAGGAUCUAGAUACAUUUUCUAACCUCUCUGGAUUACAACCAAAUUAUGACAAAUGUACUAUAUUACGUAUUGGAUCAAUAAAAAAUACAAUUUUUACAUUACCAUGUAGUUUACCAAUAAAAUGGUCUGAUGGUGAUGUGGAUAUACUCGGAAUACAUAUCCCAAAGGAAAUAAAUGAUCUCACUUCAAUAAAUUAUAAUAGAAAGUUAGCAAAAAUAGAUAAGAUCUUGCUACCAUGGAAAGGUAAAUACCUGAUUAAAAAUCACCCUGAUUAACUCUUUAGUAUUAUCCCAGUUUACCUAUUUACUUAUGGUCUUGCCUACGCCUAGCGAACAGUUUUUUAAAUUAUAUGAGAAAAAAAUAUUCAAUUUUAUUUGGAACGGCAAGCCAGACAAAAUUAAACAGGCCUAUUUAUAUAAUGAAUAUGAAUUCGGAGGACAGAAAUUAUUAAAUAUUAAAGCAUUAGACCUAUCACUAAAAGCUUCAGUCAUACAAAAGUUAUACUUAAAUCCGAACUGGUUCUCUAGCAAAUUAGUAAGAUUGUCUCACCCAAUGUUCAAGAAUGGCCUUUUUCCCUUUAUUCAGAUUACAACAACUAAUUUGCAGUUAUUUGAAAAGGAAAUAAUCUCCCAAAUAUCACUAUUUCUAAAACAAGCCAUAGAAAGUUGGUUGCAAUUUCAAUUUAAUCCUCCAGAAACGACAGAACAAAUAAUGCAACAAAUAUUGUGGUUAAACUCAAAUAUACUAAUUGACAAAAAACCUAUUUUUUUUGACGAAAUGUUUAAAAAAGGUAUAAUCUUUGUAAAUGAUAUCAUCGGUAGGAAUGGUGGAGUUAUGUCGACACAUGCAGCUAACAAAAACAUAUGGAAAUGUCUGCUCUACCCAAAAUUAUAACCAAAUAAUUGCAGCCUUACCGCAAAAAUGGUAGAGGAAAGUGGAAGGGGGAGAAAGUAAGGAGCUUGUCUGUCGGCCUUGCAUUAAAGAACAUAAUUGGUUAAGGAAAACUGUGAUAAAUAAAAAAGUAUAUCAGUUUCAUUUAAGGACCAAAGGAUUGACAGCCGUCCCAUUAUGAUUGCAAAAUAGUUGGGAAGAGAUUUUUGACGUACCGAUCCCAUGGAAUAGUGUUUAUGAACUGAUACGCAAAACGACACCGGAUUCAAAACUUAGAAUCUUUCAGUUUACAUUAUUAUAUAACAUUCUUGCUACCAAUAGAAUGUUAUUGAUAUGGGGGAUACAAUCUUCCCAGCUCUGCAGAUUUAGCUGCGAAGAGACAGAAUCAUUAGAUCAUUUGUUAUGUAACUGUCCAUUUGUAGCUUGUUUUUGGACACAUGUCCAAGAAUGGCUAAAGGAUUGCAAUAUUUACCUUGCGCUAACCCUGCAGAUAGCACUACUGGGUGAUCUGAAAAGUCAUAGUUAAUCGAUCAAUAACAUAAUAAUACUAUUAGCAAAAAUGUUUAUUUUCAAUUCACAAUCUGUAGAAACAAUGAGAAUAGAAAGGUUCAAAACUUUUGUAAGACAUCACAGUACAGUUGAAAUAUAUAUGGCAAAUAGAAAUCCUAUAUGGAUGGUGUUAAAAGAUAGAUGGGAGGUGUUGAAUGGAAUUGAAGGAUGGGACUAAUAACAACUAACAACAAACAAUAACAAGAUAACUAAUAAUGUAGGCACGCUGUGUCCAUAAUAAGUGUAUAGGUUGUAGGUUGGGAGCUUUUGUGAAGGAGCACAGUUAGAAAGAUAUGGCAUAUAGAAGCAAACCGGAUGGACAUCAUGAAAAUGAUCGGAGAGGUUGAGAGUAGAAGAAGUUCUGGAGAAAGAACAAACAAAAUGUAAUUAUUGUAAAAUUGACUGUGUCCAUAAAAUGUAGAUAGUAAGUAUAAGCUGGAUGUAGAGGCCAAGCAUUGUUGUUCACUAGUUUACUCCAAGUAGGGAAAGGGUGGCGGGGUUGGAAAGUAAUAAAGGGGAAUAUAUAUAUGUUUUUUUUAAAGGAUAUGUAUGUGUAUGUAUGUAUGUACAGUGAGGGAAAAAAGUAUUUGAUCCCCUGCUGAUUUUGUAAGUUUGCCCACUGACAAAGAAAUUAUCAGUCUAUAAUUUUAAUGGUAGGUUUAUUUGAACAGUGAGAGACAGAAUAACAACAACAAAAUCCAGAAAAACGCAUGUCAAAAAUGUUAUACAUUUAUUUGCAUUUUAAUGAGGGAAAUAAGUAUUUGACCCCCUCUCAUUCAGAAAGAUUUCUGGCUCCCAGGUGUGUUUUAUACAGGUAAUGAGCUGUAUAAAGGGAGUGCUCCUAAUCUCAGCUUGUUACCUGUAUAAAAGACACCUGUCCACAGAAGCAAUCAAUCAAUCAGAUUCCAAACUCUCCACCAUGGCCAAGACCAAAGAGCUCUCCAAGGAUGUCAGGGACAAGAUUGUCGACCUACACAAGGCUGGAAUGGGCUACAAGACCAUCGCCAAGCAGCUUGGUGAGAAGGUGACAACAGUUGGUGCGAUUAUUCGCAAAUGGAAGAAACACAAAAUAACUGUCAAUCUCCCUUGGCCUGGAGCUCCAUGCAAGAUCUCACCUCGUGGAGUUGCAAUGAUCAUGAGAACGGUGAGGAAUCAGCCCAGAACUACACGGGAGGAUCUUGUCAAUGAUCUCAAGGCAGCUGGGACCAUAGUCACCAAGAAAACAAUUGGUAACACACUAUGCCGUUAAGGACUGAAAUCCCCUGCUCAAGAAAGCACAUAUACAUGCUCGUCUGAAGUUUGCCAAUGAAUAUCUGAAUGAUUCAGAGGAGAACUGGGUGAAAGUGUUGUGGUCAGAUGAGACCAAAAUUGAGCUCUUUGGCAUCAACUCAACUCGCCGUAUUUGGAGGAGGAGGAAUGCUGCCUAUGACCCCAAGAACACCAUCCCCACCGUCAAACAUGGAGGUAGAAACAUUAUGCUUUGGGGGUGUUUUUCUGCUAAGGGGACAGGACAACUUCACCGCAUCAAAGGGACGAUGGACGGGGCCUUGUACCGUCAAAUCUUGGGUGAGAACCUCCUUCCCUCAGCCAGGGCAUUGGAAAUGGGUCGUGGAUGGGUAUUCCAGCAUGACAAUGUCCCAAAACGUACGGCCAAGGCAACAAAGGAGUGGCUCAAGAAGAAGCACAUUAAGGUCCUGGAGUGACCUAGCCAGUCUCCAGACCUCAAUCCCAUAGAAAAUCUGUGGAGGGAGCUGACGGUUCGAGUUGCCAAACGUCAGCCUCAAAAUCUUAAUGACUUGGAGAAGAUCUGCAAAGAGGAGUGGGACAAAAUCCCUCCUGAGAUGUGUGCAAACCUGGUGGCCAACUACAAGAAACGUCUGACCUCUGUGAUUGCCAACAAGGGUUUUGCCACCAAGUACUAAGUCAUGUUUUGCAGAGGGGUCAAAAACAUAUUUCCCUCAUUAAAAUGUAAAUCAAUUUAUAACAUUUUUGACAUGCGUUUUUCUGGAUUUUGUUGUUGUUAUUCUGUCUCUCACGGUUCAAAUAAACCUACCAUUAACAUUAUAGACUGAUAAUUUCUUUGUCAGUGAGCAAACGUACAAAAUCAGCAGGGGAUCAAAUACUUUUUUCCCUCACUGUAUGUGUGUGUGUGUGUGUGUAUAUAUAUGUAUAUAUAUAUAUAUAUAUAUAUAUAUAUAUGUAUAUAUAUAUAUAUAUAUACAGUGGGGAGAACAAGUAUUUGAUACCCUGCCGAUUUUGCAGGUUUUCCUACUGCAGCAGGGAUUUUGGCCCACUCCUCCAUACAGACCUUCUCCAGAUCCUUCAGGUUUCGGGGCUGUCGCUGGGCAAUACGGACUUUCAGCUCCCUCCAAAGAUUUUCUAUUGGGUUCAGGUCUGGAGACUGGCUAGGCCACUCCAGGACCUUGAGAUGCUUCUUACGGAGCCACUCCUUAGUUGCCCUGGCUGUGUGUUUCAGGUCGUUGUCAUGCUGGAAGACCCAGCCACGACCCAUCUUCAAUGCUCUUACUGAGGGAAGGAGGUUGUUGGCCAAGAUCUCGCGAUACAUGGCCCCAUCCAUCCUCCCCUCAAUACAGUGCAGUCGUCCUGUCCCCUUUGCAGAAAAGCAUCCCCAAAGAAUGAUGUUUCCACCUCCAUGCUUCACGGUUGGGAUGGUGUUCUUGGGGUUGUACUCAUCCUUCUUCUUCCUCCAAACACAGCGAGUGGAGUUUAGACCAAAAAGCUAUAUUUUUGUCUCAUCAGACCACAUGACCUUCUCCCAUUCCUCCUCUGGAUCAUCCAGAUGGUCAUUGGCAAACUUCAGAUGGGCCUGGACAUGCGCUGGCUUGAGCAGGGGGACCUUGCGUGCGCUGCAGGAUUUUAAUCCAUGACGGCGUAGUGUGUUACUAAUGGUUUUCUUUGAGACUGUGGUCCCAGCUCUCUUCAGGUCAUUGACCAGGUCCUGCCGUGUAGUUCUGGGCUGAUCCCUCACCUUCCUCAUGAUCAUUGAUGCCCCACGAGGUGAGAUCUUGCAUGGAGCCCCAGACCGAGGGUGAUUGACCGUCAUCUUGAACUUCUUCCAUUUUUUAAUAAUUGCGCCAACAGUUGUUGCCUUCUCACCAAGCUGCUUGCCUAUUGUCCUGUAGCCCAUCCCAGCCUUGUGCAGGUCUACAAUUUUAUCCCUGAUGUCCUUACACAGCUCUCUGGUCUUGGCCAUUGUGGAGAGGUUGGAGUCUGUUUGAUUGAAUGUGUGGACAGGUGUCUUUUAUACAGGUAACGAGUUCAAACAGGUGCAGUUAAUACAGGUAAUGAGUGGAGAACAGGAGGGCUUCUUAAAGAAAAACUAACAGGUCUGUGAGAGCCGGAAUUCUUACUUGUUGGUAGGUGAUCAAAUACUUAUGUCAUGCAAUAAAAUACAAAUUAAUUACUUAAAAAUCAUACAAUGUGAUUUUCUGGAUUUUUGUUUUAGAUUCCGUCUCUCACAGUUGAAGUGUACCUAUGAUAAAAAUUACAGACCUCUACAUGCUUUGUAAGUAGGAAAACCUGCAAAAUCGGCAGUGUAUCAAAUACUUGUUCUCCCCACUGUAUAUAUAUAUAUAUAAAAACAUGGGGGAUUGGAAGUGAUGCAGACAAUUACAUUGAUGGAAGUUACAAUCUAUCUGCAAUAUUAAGCUGAUCUACCCCCCCCAAAAAAAGUAUGUGCAUGAUUAUAAACUGGGUGGUCGAUCCAUGAAUGCUGAUUGGCUGACAGCCGUGGUAUAUCAGACUGUAUACCACGGGUAUGACAAAACAUUUAUUUUUACUACUCUAAUUACGUUGGUAACCAGUAUAAAAUAGCAAUAAGGCACCUCGGGGGUUUGUGGUAUAUGGCCAACAUACCACGGCUAAGGGCUGUAUCCAGGCACUCCGUGUUGCGUCGUGCAUAAGAACAGCCCUUAGCCGUGGUAUAUUGGCCAUAUACCACACCCCCUCGGGCCUUAUUGCUUAAAUAUACCUUGAAGUGUGUGUGCUCACGUGUGUGUGCGCAUACAUGAAUGAGUGUGUGUGUGUGUGUGUGUGUGUGUGUGUGUGUGUGUGUGUGUGUGUGUGUGUGUGUGUGUGUGUGUGUGUGUGUGUGUGUGUGUAUGUGUGUGUGUGUGUGUGUGUGUGUGUGAGAGAGUCAUGUGUGUUUUUAGUAUGUUAACAUUUACAUGUCUCAUUUCUAGCCCAAAGCUCGAGGGGAAAGACCAUGAUGGUGCCAUGUGAUACUGAGUACCCUGCCUUCGUCUCUGAGCGUACCAUCAAAGAAACCACAGGCAAUAUUGACUGUGAGGGCUGUGUCAGGUACUGGGAAUACAGUUACCUUGGUAUUAUGCACUGAUAAACUCACUUAACCAGUGUGUUGAUAGUGUUUACAGGAUCAUGCGUUAGUGGGAUAAUAUUACAAGCAUCAACUGAAUCGACUCUUCUCUCUCUCGUUUUUUCUCUCUGUCUCCCUCUCCCUUCCUCCCUCCUUCCCUCCUCAGAUCUUUUGUUAUUCAGCAGAUUCCCAGCAGUAACCUCUUCAUGGUUGUCGUAGACAACAAGUGUGACUGUAGCUCCGCCCUUCCAGUUUCCAUGGACCCCAUUGAGAUUAUGUAUAUCCUUGUGAAGUUUGGGAAUAUUGAGUGUGUUUUUUUGUAAAAAGGUUUUGAGUGUGUUUUUACUAGGAAGGGUUUUUGAGUGAGCUUUUGUAAGUGAACUCAAACGUUUGUUUUCUGAGAAUGUGAACCGCUUCUGAGGUACUUCAUAGUCAGAGGUAUUAAUACAUUUCUCAUACAUGUAGGUCAUUUUAAAACGUGCAUUACGGUUUGUGUUUCUCAUCAUGCUCGAAUUAUGUUGCAGAAGCGGUCAGCGCAGUGUCAGUUAAAUGCAUAUCUGAGUAUUUCCAUCCUUAACCCCUCUGAACACAACGAAUCUCUGAAAUGUGAUAGGCUGAAGUUUCAGAAGGACAGGAAGCGGCCAGAAUCAUGUCAUCCUUUCCACCCUGAGGUAUGUAGUAUGUAUAUGCUCUGUGAUAACAUGAAAAUGUACAUGAACACCUUUUUUUGGUUGUGUAAUAAUGUGACAGUAAGCACGUAUGUGACCAUCUGUAUAUUGUCUGAACCAUAUAGAUAUAUAGAUACAGAGUGUAUGUAUUAAUUCUAGUAUUUCUGUGUUCUGAUGCCCCCUGCGUCUGCUGCAGGAGAAUGCCAUGGAGUGUGGAGGAGCAGCAGGCCUGUCUGCCCCCCUCACAGCAGCACUGCUCCCCCUGCUGGCCACUCUCUUCACCAGAUGACCGUACCGCCCCCGAGGCCCAACACACUGGACCCAACACUGGAGAGACUGAUAGACCGGCUUUAGCGCACCAUCAAAUGCUGACAAAGCGCAGGGAGCCUCGCCAACCAGAAGAACUUGCUCAUAACUAA